AUGUCAGAAGAAUGUUUAAAAACCGAGCUGGACCUAUUCACAGUACCAUUAACACAGACCGUUAUUGAAAAAAAUACAUAUAUAGAAGUACCACCGUUGUCAGCAAUAUCAGAAACAUCGCCUCUGGAGUUUUUUAUAGCGGGGACUGGAGAGGAUUAUGUGGACCUAAACAACACCUUGGUUUUUUUGCGUCUCAAAAUCACUAACGCAGACGGCACAGACAUAGCAGACGGAGCCCCCGUGGGGCUUAUUAACUAUGCCGGAUCUACGAUAUUUUCACAAGUGGACGUGUCGCUUGGAGACCGUCUCAUAUCACAAAGUUCCAACACAUAUCCUUAUCGAUGCAUAAUAGAGUGUCUCACCAAUUAUGGUAAAGACGCUCUUGAAACGCUGUUUUCAGCGGGGCUCUUUUACAAAGACACCGCCGGUCACAUGGACGUAACGGACCCCGCUGGCGGUAAUAGAGGUUUGACCAAACGAGCUGCAUUUACCAACGCCAGCAACGUUGUUGAACUACUGGCCCCCAUUCACAGUGACAUAUUCUUUCAAGAAAAACUAAUGCUUAACGGCGUGGACAUUAAAAUUCGCAUGACGAGGGCGAAAGAUGAAUUCUGUUUGAUGAGGAGCGGCGCUGUGGCCUAUAAACUAAACAUCGUGUCAGCUUCACUGUUUGUGAAAAAAGUGUCGGUAUCACCAGGUGUGAGAUUGGGGCACGCGCAAGCAUUGCUCUCGACGCCAGCCAAAUACCCCAUCGACAGGGUGUGUGUGAAAAACUUCUCAAUCCCUGUAGGCUCACGUGUUUGUAAUCAAGAAAACUUGUUCUUAGGAACUCUACCAAAAUCCGUUGUUCUGGCUAUGGUUGAUAAUGAUGCGUUUACAGGCUCGUAUGAUAAAAAUCCGUUCGCCUUUAAAAACUAUGACCUAGAAUUUUUGGCAGUUUAUCUGGACGGCCAACAACACCCCGCUAAACCUCUGCAGCCUGAAUAUGGAAGUGGCUCUGCGGUACGCGAAUUUUAA